CGGGGCGGGGCAAGGCGGGGGCCGGGCCGGAGGAGGCGGGCUCCCGGGAUCCGCGGUGUCCGGCCGUAGAGCUUGCUGCCGUUCCGGGCUCUGACCAUGCUCUGGCGCCGCGCGGCGCUGGCGGGGACGCGGCUGGUUUGGAGCAGGAGCGGCUCGGCAGGCUGGCUUGACUGGGCGGCGGGAGCUGCGGGAGCUGCGGCAGCUGCGGCCUCUAGGAUGGAGAGCAACACAUCAUCAUCUUUGGAGAAUUUAGCGACGGCACCUGUGAACCAGAUCCAAGAAACAAUUUCUGAUAAUUGUGUGGUGAUUUUCUCAAAAACAUCCUGUUCUUACUGUACAAUGGCAAAAAAGCUUUUCCGUGACAUGAAUGUUAACUAUAAAGUGGUGGAAUUGGACCUGCUUGAAUAUGGAAACCAGUUCCAAGAUGCUCUUUACAAAAUGACUGGUGAAAGAACUGUUCCAAGAAUAUUUGUCAAUGGUACUUUUAUCGGAGGUGCAACUGACACUCAUAGGCUUCACAAAGAAGGAAAAUUGCUCCCACUAGUUCAUCAGUGUUAUUUAAAAAAAAGUAAGAGGAAAGAAUUUCAGUGAUGUUUAUACUAACAAGUUUGCUAGUACAGUGUCAGUUAUUUAAAGUGAUAAUGCCCGAUAAUGUCUUUUAAAUGUUUGAGGAUGUUUUAAAUACAUGCAUUGUCUUCACGAAGAAGAUGUAAAAAUAAUGAACAAUAAAUUGCAGUGGAAACUUCUU